AUCAUGAUGGGCUCUCGAACGGAUCUUUGUUUCAUCGUUGGCUACUUGGCGAGGUUUCAAGAUGCUGCUUAUGAAGAACACUGGAAGCAUGCCAAGCGAGUCCUACGGUAUCUGCAAGCAACGAAAAACAUGGAAUUAGUCUACCGAAGAAAUUCAAGGGAACCGAUGGUUGCUGCCUACGCCGAUGCAGACUACGCAAGCGAUGAAUCCGAUCGUAAGUGCGUCUCUGGAUUUCUGCUGAAGGUUCACGGAAACACAGUUGCCUGGUCAUCGAAGAAGCAAUCUACUGUGGCGAUGUCUUCUACCGAAGCCGAGUACGUUGCCAUGAGUUCCUGCGUGAGUGAGACGAUAUGGUUGGCCGGUUUGAUGGUCGAUCUCCAACCGGAUGCCCUGCUGUAUCCGGUACCGAUAUAUGAGGACAAUCAAGGAGCGAUUGCGAUGGCUGAACGAGAGGAAACGAGGCGAGUCAAACACAUUGACGUGAAGUACCAUUUCAUCCGAAAUGUUGUUGCCGACGGUAAGGUGAAGUUGGUAUACGUUCCGACUCAGAAGCAGCAAGCCGACAUCCUCACGAAGUCCCUGCCCGCUCCAACGUUCGUAGCUUUAAGGAAUAAGUUAGGAAUAGAAGGAAUCAAUUGAGAGGGGGUGUUGGAAAUCAUAGCAAUCGUAUGAUGCAUUUGAAUUCCAUAAUAGUACAUAAGGCUAAUGUCGGUUGCUAUGUACAUAAUAAAUAACAACUGCAUGGCAACCGUUGGGGUAUAAGUAUCGCUCUGGUCCCUGGGAGCAAUUCAGUUUCUUUUUCCAACUCAAUAAACCACCAGUUAUAGUGCUCUUGUAAAACGUGUUUCUCU